AUGUCGGAAAGCUCAACUCGUAAAAUAUCUGAAUUAUAUAUUCAUCCUGUAAAAUCAUGCAAAGGUAUAAAGAUAAAAUCAUGGAAAGUUGGACCAUAUGGAUUCAAAUACGAUAGAUAUUGGAUGAUUAUAGAUGAAAAAUAUCAAUUUGUGACCCAACGUGAAAAACCAAAGCUCGUCCUUAUAACGCCGAAAAUCGAAGAAGUGGAUUCCGAAGAUGAAAGCAAAGGAGGGGAUCUUGUACUUUCCGCUCCUGAUAUGGAGGAACUGCGUUUGCCACUUUUACCAGAUCAAGAUAAUUGCAUUAAGUAUAAGGCCACUAUUUGGGAAGAUACUCUUGAAGUAUGCGAUUGCGGCGAAGAGUCAUCAAAAUGGCUUACCAAAUUUCUAGGAUUUUCAGCUAGAAUUGUGUUUAAAUCUGGCGCUAGAUUUGUUGCUAGAAAUAUCCCAAAAGAAAUUAAUCAUCAACCCAAAAUUGCGCUCACCGAUGGAUUUCCAUUUUUUAUGUUUUCAGAAGAAUCUUUAAGUGAUCUAAAUAAACGGUUAUCCACACCAAUUGAUUCCCGAAGCUUUCGACCAAACAUAGUUAUUCAAGGAUGUAAUGGACCCUUUGAAGAAGACACAUGGAAAGAAAUUAUUAUUGGUAACGAUAAGGAAAAUGUGUUUCACGUUGCUUGUAGAUGCACUAGAUGUGUAGUGACAAAUGUAAAUCCAGAUACAGGAGAAAUAAACAAGCAGAUAUUAAAAACCUUACAAUCAUAUCGCAGAGUCGACGCAGGAGCUAAAUAUUUUUCUUGCUUUGGUAAUUAA